AUGUCUUAUCGCAAGACUUUCAGAAUCAAGCAAUUCCUGGCCAAGAAACAAAAGCAAAAUUGCCCUAUUCCUCAGUGGAUUUGUAUGAAAACGGGUAACAAAAUAAGGUACAACUCCAAGAGAAGUCACUGGAGGAAAACAAAGCUGGGUCUGUAA